GAAAAUCAAGUCAGUGUCAAGCUGUUGAAGUUAUAACAAAAAAUUCUGGUGAUGCAAUUAUACAUUUUAAUAUGGAGGGAUUGAAAGCGUUGUUUGAUGGAUUCCUGAAGAACCAUCAUCAAAGCGAAAGUAGACACGAUUUCUCCAUUGUAUGGCAGCGGUUUACACUUGUUGAUAUUCUGAGAUUUCUUAGACAGAUAAAAAAGAAAGAAGAUUUUAGUGUGCGGGUUGAAAUUGUGACAGUUAUUCUCACAGAAUGUGCUGACGAUUGGCUUGUUGGAAGCCUUCAACAAGAACAGGAGGCGAUUGCUCUUUACAAAGGAAUACAGGAAGUUGUCAGUUCAGUACUUGUGCCAACUUUUCAAGACAAAGAACAUUAUGCCUUUGAUGAAAAUGAUUUCCCUAGUGUGGCAUCUCAAGCUGAGAAUAUUUUAUCAUUUGUGAUAGUUUUACUUAGUCGUCUUGGAGAUUUAAGGAAGAAAAACUCACAUGUUUGUGAGAUUGCAAAGUUGAUUUAUAAAGUCUGCCCACAUGCUAUGAUCCUUGCAUUGGAACAUGUAGAGAAUGGAUUUUGGACUACAACAACUUCCAUAAAAAAAGCAAAACGUUUGCUUCAGUGUUUAUGUGAACUUUUAGAUACUGACGAAUAUUCAAAACUACUUCAAUGCCAUUUAAUGCUAAAUGAUGAAAUUCAGAGAACUGAAUCAACACUGCUUUACAAAAUUUUCCAAAUAAUUAAAUCGAAGUUACUAAGGGAAACUUGGAAGAAAAGUCCUGGAGCAAAGUGUGUGUUCAUUUGGUGUUUGAAUCAUACAUCAUUUCCAGUUCUAAGUGAAUUCUUAGAAAGUGUAUUGCCACCUGCUCUUUUGUUCACAGACGACUACAUGCUUGUAAAUAAAGUCAGUGGGGUGUCUUGUCUGAUGCAUAUUGUAAACAAUGUGUCUGCAGAAGAGUUACGGUGGUAUGGACGAGCUGAUGUUAUUCUAGAGGCACUGCGACAUCAGCUUUACACAAGCGAACCAACACUUUUAGCUAAAACUAUUCCAGCUAUAUUAUGUACAUUAAAGAUUGUAGAAAAAAAUCCUCAGUCAGGAGAAACUACCCGACCAGUUAGUAGAUUUGAGGAAAUAUACCAGCAACUCCUUCAAAAUGCUGAAGGGGAAAACAUUUUGAAACUUAGGAGAAUAUAUACUCAGCAUUUGCACAUUUUUGUUGAAAUGAUGGGAAUAUCUGCAGUGCGCUAUCUUGGUAUCACACUGAAUGUGAUAGGACAUUUUCUGGAGAUAUCUGACAGCCCUAGUGAAGAAGCUAGAUUCAAUAUGUUACUGUUGUUACAGAAAACCAUCCGAUACUGUUGGCCUAGAAUUCCAUGUCACAUGAACAGCAUUUUGAAAAUGCUUGUCAAAUGCUUGUGUGAUCUGUCACUGGACAGUUUAACAAUAUCAGGUGAGGUCAAGACAAGACUGGUGACAGCCAUUAAGGAAAUACUUGUUAUUAUGAAGUGCCUGAAUUCAGAAAAUGUUAAAGGUCAACUUGGGUCAUUAGAUUGUGAUGGCAUUCCAGAUCUCUGUAGAGAAAUAUGUAAACAAGUUGUUGAAACAGAUGUAACAACAUUCACUCUGUAAAGACCUCGAAGGUACAUUUUGUAUACCUGUCUUAGAACAUUGAAACUCUUCAUUCAUUAAUAUUGUUAUCAUUUUUUGGUAUGCAAUUCAUGUCACAAUGUUGGAAAGUAAAAAACUCACUUGUUGAGAUAGUAUAUUGAACAUGCAAUAUUUACACAUAGUGAAAUCACCUGAACUUUAUGGAAUUCAAUGGGUCACCUGAAAUAUGUGUGCAAACUGAUUAAAUGUGCUUCAUAAAUGAAAACUGUAUAGCAAACUUGUUUGCCUUCUCCAAAAAUUAAACUUA